AUGCAUAUAUCUACAUUUUUCAACUUUCAGGUGCUCUUGUCCCAUUUAUACAACGUCACGUUACCCAAGGCAUAUCGACCAGUGGUACUUUGGCAUGGUCUUGGAGACAAUUACAAUGCAUCAGGAAUUCGUGAUGUCAAUGACUUGAUUAGUGGUUUAUAUCCAGGUAUCUUCUUUCAUUCGAUAUAUAUAGAUGAAGAUCCGUCUGAAGAUCAACAAAAGUCGUUAUUUGGAGAUGCAAACAAACAAGUAGAUCAAAUAUGUGACCAAUUGAAAAGUAUUAAAGAGUUAGCAAGCGCCGACAAUAUCGAUGCAAUAGGGUUUUCUCAAGGAGGUGUUUUGUUGAGAGGAUUAAUUGAACGGUGUCCGGAUUUAUCAUUUCAUAACUUAAUCACAUUUGGCAGCCCACAUAUGGGCGUAAUGGAAAUGCCAUUAUGUAAGGAUCCAAGGGAUUGGCUUUGCAAAAGAAGAAACGAGUUAUUAAAGAGACAAGUGUGGAAUGAUAAUGUACAGAGGAAAAUUCUACCGGCUCAAUAUUUCAGGGACCCUUUCGAGUACGAAAAGUACUUGAAACACUCAUUCUACUUGGCCGAUAUAAAUAAUGAACGAAAUCACAAAAAUGCAAGCUAUGUUGAGAAUUUGACAAAGCUUAAUAAGUUGGCAUUGAUUACUUUCACAGAGGAUACCACCGUUGUUCCAAAAGAGAGUGCAAUGUUUUGCGACAUUGAUACUAAUUGGAAACAAACUAUACCAUUCGAUAAAACUGAUUUAUAUGUUGAAGAUUAUAUUGGAAUUCGUCAACUCCACGAACUGGGCAAAAUUGAAUUCCAUUACAUAGAAGCAGGACACAUGGCUAUUAGUGAUGAAUUUGUAGAAGAUAUAGCUUUAAAAUACUUAGGUAACACAUAA